AUGUCUGUUGGGUUCCUGAUAUUAGCGUUCUACCUCUGGGGCACCCCGUACAAGCGGGGCUUCUUCUGUGACGAUGAGUCCCUCAAGCACCCUUACAAAGAAUCCACAGUCACUAAUGUUAUGCUGUACAUCGUCGGACUUGGUCUUCCUGUCCUUACGAUAACUGGGUUAAGGAGGUCAGAUUUCGAGUGGCUCCUUGCAAAGCACCAGUACAUAGCUGCGUCUCCAAAACAACAUUGGGAAGAAGCUAGGAUCAACUGCUCUAAAUGGUGUAGAGAAGGAUCUUUCUUCAACGUUCGUAAAAAUCUUAAUCCAAAUCAAACAGUGACGUUUGCUAAAAAAUAUUUGGAUUCUGCUUCGUAUUAUUUUCUUAUUCAAUAUGUUUUUGUUGUAUUGUUGCAGUUGAGAUGGCGACUGACUGGUGGCAUGAGCAUUCAGCUUGCAGCAGCCAUUUUCUGCAUGCUGCCACUCUUCACGUCAUCCACAGGAGACAUACGGCACCACGGUACGUCGAGAGCUCGCGGCUGGCGCGCCGGCGUGCAGCCAGCCGCUGAUGUGACGGCCAACAAUACUGUCAGCAACAUCACCGCUCAGCUGGGAGGGACAGCAUACCUCCACUGCCUUGUCGGACACUUGAGUGAACGAGGGCAAGUGUCAUGGAUCAGGAAGCGUGACUGGCAUAUCCUGAGCUCCGGGAAGUUCACGUACACCAAUGACGAGAGGUUCCAGGUGCUACACGGCGAAGGCUCAGAAGAUUGGACUUUACAGAUCAAAUUUGUACAAAAACGAGAUAACGGUACCUACGAGUGCCAGGUAUCAACUCGAACGGGCAUCGUGUCUCACUACGUGCGUCUUCAGAUUGUGGUCCCGGAGGCCUUCAUCCUCGGUUCUGGGGAGCACCACGUCGAUCUCGGCAGCGUCAUACACCUCAUAUGUAUCGUGGAAAAGAGUCCAACACCGCCUCAAUACGUGUUCUGGUACCAUAACGACCGCAUGAUCAACUACGACGCUACCAGGGGAGGCAUCACGGUGGAGACAGAACCGGGGGCGCGCACGCAGUCACGGCUCACCGUCCGCGGGGCCACGCUCAAGGACUCGGGGAACUACACCUGCAGCGCGAGCAAUACGGAACCCGCGUCCAUACAUGUCUUCGUUUCUGAAGGCAGCAACAAGAUGGCAGCAAUCCUACGCCGCAACACGAGUGCUAUCCACGGGAUCACAUCAAGCGGCACCUGCUUACUGCUGCUCACAUCUGUGCUGCUGCACUUCGGCCUCCGAUGACGUUAGCGCGGGAGGAACAGAGAGGCACUGUAUGAGUGAGAUGGAUAGUCGUACUGCUCACAUCUUGGUUAAAGUUAAUUUGUGCAGUACAGAUACUUGUCAUUUGUUUUACUCAUUGUUAUUUGUUUUUACUGGACAUUUCCAGUAGGUGGUUAUUUGUUUUUGAUAAAUUGGUGAUCAGUAGAUUUGUCAACAGAUUAAAUUCAUCAGUGCUCUGGAAUGGGCUAAGUCCUAUUUAAAGAAUCUAGCUUUUUAUUUCAGUAAGUGUUAUUAACAGUUAUUAAAAUGACCUCAUACAGUGCCGACGUAGUAAUUUACUUAAAUAAACCAAUUAUUGACUUGUAACAUAAGUUGAUUGUAACUUAGUUAUAGUUAUUAACAAAUGUAUGACGUAACUUAGUUACUUACUUAGAUUGUACUUAAUAUAGGCACAACAAUAUUGUACAGUUGACAAUUCUUAGUAUCUAUUGCAGAAUUUAUACCCCAUUUUUGCCAGUUUUUAUUGGUAUAUUGAGGACCUAUAAGACAAAAUAUUCAAGGGUUACUAUUCUCAAAAUAUUUAACGUUGUGGUAUAUUUUUAGGCGCACGAACAUUCAAAUCACAUACACAUAAAUACCCAGACUCUGGAUAAGUAUUCGUGGAUCACAAAAACGCUUGUCCUACGCGGGGUCCGUCCUGCGACACGUCGCGCUCAUUGGAUUUGGCUUGGUGACCUCAACCACUUGGCUAUCCGUGCAGUCAAAAAGUAAAACUACACCAAGCCUCAUUAAUUACCAAUAGAAAAUAGCUGACAUUAUGUACGAAAAACUAAAUCCAGCAUCCACUUUAAUAGCCUCGUAGUCGACGGCAAAUUAUUUGAUGCGUUGAUUACGAUGUUAAAUGUUUUGAGAAUAUAACUUCAAGAUAAAGUGAGCAUUAUAUCUUACGCUCAAUAACUGACAUGUUAAUUUGCAUGUGGAGGUCAAAGGCUCGUUUGAAAGUACGAGUCGAGUUUGAUAUUUGAAUGCUCCAUAAAUUUAUGUUCAGUACUGGCUUGUUUCAGCGUCAGGUAUACUGAAGGUCAACCACCAAUCUUUGAAGUAAAAUUCUUAACAGGUAUGGGACAUAGAGGGCGCUAUGUUAUACCAACUGCCAUCUAGUUUUCACGGCGGUAAAGUCUUUACGGCACGGAUCUUGAGCGCUGGGCGGAAGAGUGGGGAUCGGUUUGCACAUCGUAAAAUAAAACACAAAUCAAUUGUGCGUACUCCUCGUCUUAAGCUGCAUGCAACUGCAGAACGAAUUUCAACCAAUCACGAGUGACGGCUAUGCCGUGAUGCGCUGCACUUAGUCCGCCCCGCGCCUCACU